AGGGGCGGGGAAGGAGGAGGAGGAGGAGAAGGGGGAGGACGGACGGCGGUGGCUCGCACGGAAAGUUGUGGGUCCGCCAGCGCAGCGCCGCGGGACGGAGUGCGAGGAGGAGCUGGGCUGCGCCGAGGAGCUGGGCUGCGCCGUGGGGCAGCGCGGCCCCUCCCUCCCGCCGCCGUGCCCGAGGGGUGCUGAGCCGUGGCCCUCCAUGGGAGCCUCCUGCCAGCCGAUCUAGGCUCCGCCCGUGGCACACCGCAGCCCUCGAGCAUGGCCCGUGUCUCCGAGCAGGAGGAAGGACCUGGUGGGGGACACAGCGAGUUCAGCGACAUCAUCAAGUCCAGAUCAGAUGAACAUAAUGAUGUACAGAAAAAAACCUUUACGAAAUGGAUAAAUGCUCGGUUUUCCAAGAGUGGGAAGGCCCCGGUGAAAGACAUGUUCACAGAUCUCAAAGAUGGAAGGAAGCUUUUGGACCUUUUGGAGGGCCUGACGGGGAAACCUCUGCCUAAAGAACGAGGUUCCACACGAGUACACGCCUUGAAUAACGUCAACCGAGUACUGCAAGUCUUGCAUCAGAACAAUGUGGAGCUGGUGAAUAUUGGAGGAACUGACAUCGUUGAUGGAAAUCACAAGCUGACGCUGGGGCUGCUCUGGAGCAUUAUCUUGCACUGGCAGGUGAAGGAUGUCAUGAAGAACAUCAUGUCAGAUUUGCAGCAGACCAACAGUGAGAAGAUACUGCUGAGCUGGGUUCGCCAGUCCACCAGACCUUACAGUCAGGUCAAUGUUUUGAACUUCACCACGAGCUGGGCUGAUGGACUUGCCUUUAAUGCUGUCAUCCACAGACAUAAACCUGAGCUGUUCAGCUGGGAUAAAGUUACAAAGAUGUCCCCGGUUGAGAGACUGGAAAAUGCUUUCAACAUAGCCAAGAACCACUUGGGAAUAGAGAAACUAUUGGAUCCUGAAGAUGUUGCUGUACAGAUUCCGGACAAAAAGUCCAUUAUUAUGUAUUUAACUUCUUUGUUUGAGGUCCUUCCUAAGCAAGUUACAAUGGAAGACAUUCGUGAGGUAGAAACACUUCCAAGGAGAUACAAGCAGGAAUGUGAGGAUGGAGAAUUCAGUGUGCAGCAGACUGUGGCACUUGAAGAAGACCAGGACAGUUCUAGAGCAGAGACUCCCAGCACAGUGACAGAGGUGGAUAUGGACUUGGAUAGCUACCAAGUUGCUCUGGAAGAAGUUCUUACAUGGUUGCUGUCAGCUGAGGAUGCAUUUCGGGAACAGGAGGAAAUAUCCGGUGAUGUUGAGGAAGUCAAAGAACAAUUUUCCACUCACGAAGGUUUUAUGAUGGAACUGACUGCGCACCAGAGCAGUGUGGGCAAUGUUCUGCAGGCUGGAAACCAACUGGUGGCCCAGGGAAAUCUGUCACCUGAAGAAGAGUUUGAGAUCCAGGAGCAAAUGCUGCUGCUGAACUCCCGCUGGGAGGAACUCAGGGUGGAGAGCAUGGACAGGCAGUCCCGCCUGCAUGACAUGCUGAUGGAGCUCCAGAAGCAGCAGCUGCAGCAGCUGUCUGACUGGCUGACGGUCACAGAGGAGCGCAUUCAGAAGAUGGAAUCUCAGCUCCUAGCGGAAGAUUUGGGGUCGCUUCAAAAACAACUGGAAGAACAUAAGAGUCUGCAGAGUGACCUAGAGGCAGAACAGGUGAAGGUCAACUCCCUAACACACAUGGUGGUCAUUGUUGAUGAAAGCAGUGGGGAAAGUGCUACAGCUAUUCUGGAGGAACAAUUGCAGAGGCUUGGUGAGCGGUGGACAGCAGUUUGUCGUUGGACUGAGGAUCGGCGAGUCAAGCUGCAAGAAAUUGAGCUUUUAUGGCAGGAGCUGCUGGAAGAACAGUGCUUAUUGAAAGCUUGGUUAACUGAGAAAGAAGAGGCUUUGAGUAAGGUCCAGACGAGCAACUUUAGAGAUCAAACAGACCUGAGUGUGAAUGUUCGAAAACUAGCAAUUUUAAAAGAGGACAUGGGUAUGAAACGACAAACGCUAGACCAGCUGAAUGAACUUGGUCAGGAUGUGGCCCAAAUCCUUGGGAAUGGCAAAGCAUCCAGUACAAUUGAUCAGGAUCAAGAAGAACUAACUCAGAGGUGGGACAGUUUGGUUCAGAAGCUAGAGGAUUACUCUAACCAGGUAACUCAAGCUGUAGGAAGCAUAGGAAUGUCACAGGUCUCACAUAAGACUACUGCAGAAACACCAUUGAAGGAACAGGUGGUGGUUAAACAGUCCAGACAGGAAUUUCCCCCACCACCACUUCCAAAGAAAAGGCAAAUUCCAGGGGAUAGUGAAGCAAAGAAAAAGUUUGAUGCUGAAUGUACUGAGCUCUUGAACUGGAUUUCAAAAUCAAAAUCUGCCAUUCAGGCCACAGACAUCAAAGAAUAUAAGAAGAUGAGAGAGACUUCAAGCAUGAAAGAAAAAUUGAAGGUGAUUGAAAAGGAAAGAGCUGAAAAAAGCCAGAAAUUAGAUGAACUGAAACGAAGUGGACACAUUCUUUUGGAUCAAGUGGGAAAGGAAGGACUUCCUACAGUGGAUAUAAAAUCCGUCAUGGAGAAAAUUUUGUCGGGGUGGAAGGAUGUGGUUCAAAAUCUAGAAGAAGUGGCUAGAAAGAUAAAGUACCAGGAAGAUAUAAAUGCUUAUUUAAAGGAAAUGAAUGAGCUUGAGAAGACUUUAAUUGAGAAGGAUGGCUGGCUUAAAAAUUACUCUUCUUCAGCAUCCCAGUCCUCAGCAGUCCUGAAAGAGUUAUGUCAGCAGGAGUUAACUCAUCUUGUAAGCCUGAGUCCACAGUUGGAACAUCUGAAAGCCACCUGCAAGACACUCACCUCCCAGCCCAUGCCUCCAAAUUUCAUUCAGGAGAACUUGAGUGGUUUGCUUGAUCAUUUCAAAUUGACUUGUCAGAAACUAGAGGAAUGUCAUCAACAGCUGAGAAAAGCAGAGACAGAAAGGCAGCCGAGCCGGGAGUACGUGGAGUCUCUGCAGCAGCUGAAGGGUGCACUGAGCGAGCUGGAGGGCAAGCAGCUCUCCAUUGCCAGUGGCCUGAGCGAGCCCAGCAAGGUGGAGAACGCCCUGCAGCAGGCAAAGACCAUUUGUGAGGCACUGGAAGCCCAGAAGCCCAGAGUAGAUAAACUUGCUGAAGAAACAAAGGCUUUGGAGAAGCAUGCAUCUUUGGAAGUAAAAAACACGUACAUGCAAGAGUUCAAGGAUGUGCAGGGACGCUGGGACAAGCUAAAGCUCAAGAUUUCUAAAGAUGUUAAACUACUGGAGGAAAUUGUGCCCAAGUUGAGAAUAUUUGAGACUGACUCUAAAGUUGUUCAGAAGUGGAUGGAUGGUGUGAAAGACUACUUAAUGACAGAAAAGGCUGUUCAAGGGGAUACUGAAGGACUUCAAAGGCAACUUGACCAGUGCACAGUAUUUAUCAAUGAAAUGGAGACAAUUGAACCAUCACUAAAGGAGAUGAAAGAAGUAGAGGCUGCUUUAAGAGCUCAGCCUAUUGCGAGCAUAAAUACUUGGACAAAGUCUAGGCUAGUAGACUGUCAGACUCAGUGGGAGAAGCUGAGCAAACAGAUCAUUAGUCAGAAAAAUCGCCUGUCUGAAAGUCAGGAAAAAGCUGUAAAUCUGAAGAAGGAUUUGGCAGAGAUGCAAGAAUGGAUGACCCAAGCUGAAGAAGAAUAUUUGGAGAAAGAUUUUGAAUACAAGUCUCCUGAAGAGCUAGAGAAUGCAGUAGAGGAAAUGAAGAGAGCAAAGGAGGAUGUGUUGCAGAAGGAGGUGAGAGUGAAGAUUCUCAAGGACAACAUCAAGAUGUUGGCCACCAAAGUGCCGUCCAGUGGUCAGGACCUGGUGACUGAGUUGAAUGUUGUGCUGGAGAACUACCAGCUACUGUGCAAUCGGAUCCGAGGGAAAUGUCACACUUUGGAGGAAGUGUGGUCCUGUUGGAUUGAGCUACUUCAGUAUCUUGAUUUAGAAACAGCUUGGCUAAACAAUCUGGAAGAAAGAGUGCAAAUGACAGGAAAUCUGCCUGAUAAAUUGGAUGCUGUCAAUGAUGCUCUUGAGUCCCUGGAAUCGGUCUUGCGUCACCCAGCUGAUAAUCGAACCCAGAUUCGGGAACUUGGGCAGACGUUGAUUGAUGGAGGGAUUCUUGAUGACAUCAUCAGUGAAAAAUUGGAAGCUUUCAAUGCCCGCUAUGAAGAAUUGAGUCACUUGGCGGUGAGCCGACAGAUCACCUUGGAGCAACAGCUUCAGACCAUGCGAGAAACCGACCACAUGCUGCAGGUCUUGCAGGAAAGUUUAGGAGAUCUGGAUAGACAGCUGACAUCUUACCUGACUGACAGGAUAGAUGCCUUUCAGAUGCCCCAGGAGGCCCAGAAAAUUCAAGCUGAGAUUGCAGCUCAUGAAUCCACCUUAGAGGAGCUGAAGAAAAGUGCUCGCUCUUUCCCUCCUGCUUCUCCUGAAUGCAGGUCUCCCCGUGGUGGAACUCAGCUGGAUGCUUUGCAGAGAAAGCUCCGUGAAGUAUGUACAAAGUAUCAGCUUUUCCAGAAACCAGCCAAUUUUGAGCAGCGCAUGUUAGAUUGCAAGCGGGUGUUGGAUGGUGUAAAAGCAGAACUUCAUGUCUUGGAUGUGAAGGAUACUGACCCAGAUGUAAUCCAAACUCACUUGGAGAAGUGCAUGAAACUCUAUAAGACCCUCAGUGAGGUGAAAUUGGAAGUUGAAACUGUCAUCAAGACAGGAAGGCAAAUUGUACAGAAACAACAGACGGAUAAUCCUAAAGGGAUGGAUGAACAACUGACAGCACUGAAAUUUCUUUACAAUGACUUGGGGGCACAGGUGACAGAAGGAAAACAAGACCUUGAAAGAGCAACCCAGCUGGCACGCAAAAUGAGGAAGGAGUCUGCCUCUCUGUCAGAGUGGCUGGCUACCACUGAAGCUGACCUUGUGCAGAAGUCCACUUCAGAGAGCUUGCUUUCUGAUCUAGAUUCAGAAAUUGCCUGGGCCAAAAAUGUGCUGAGAGAGCUGGAGAGGAGGAAGGCUGAUCUGAAGAGCAUCACAGAAAGUUGCACUGCACUCCAGUCUCUGGUGGAAGGGAGUGAGACUGUCCUGGAGGAGAAGCUGUGCGUCCUUAAUGCUGGCUGGAGCAGAGUUCGAACCUGGACUGAGGACUGGUGUGACACUUUGUUGAAUCAUCAGGGCCAGCUGGAAAUUUUUGAUGAAAAUGUUGCCCACAUAAGUACUUGGUUGUAUCAGGCUGAAGCCUUACUGGAUGAAAUUGAGAAGAAGUCAGCUAGCCAAAAGGAGGAAACUGUGAAGCGUCUAACAUCUGAACUUGAUGAUGUCAGUCUCCGAGUGGAUAAUGUCCGUGACCAGGCUGUCAUCUUAAUGAGCAGUCGGGGCGUGUCGUGCCGGGAACUUGUUGAACCUAAACUGGCAGAACUCAACCGUAAUUUUGAGAAGGUCUCUCAGCACAUCAAAAGUGCCAAGAUGCUUGUUGGACAAGAACGACUUCCUGUCAUGUCAGAGUCCCGUGAAGCUAGAGUGGCUUUUCUAGACCUGGACAAAUUUGAGAGUGACAUACAGAAUAUGUUAAAAGUAGUGGAAAAGCAUCUGGAGUUGAGUGGGGAAGAUGAGAAGCUGGAUCAACAAAGAGCUCAGAUUGAAGAAGUUUUACAGAAAGGAGGACAGAUGCUCCAGCAGCCUAUGGAGGACCAUAGGAGAGAGAAAAUCCGCCUACAGUUGUUGCUUCUGCAGAAAAAGUACAACAGUUUGCAGGAGUGCAGGUCAUUUCAAAGGAGGCAGGUGGUGGAACUCUCUCCAGUGUUUUCCCAGUAUAAGAAGGAACAUGAUAGUCUAAUGAAGUGGCUGAAUGAGGCUGAGGACCGUCUGUCAGGGCUGCAAGGUGUGGAGGAUGAACAAAAACUACAGGCAAUCCCUGUCCAGCAGAGGUUAAAAGGCCAAUUUGCUACAGGAGUUAGGACCUUGCCUUUCUCAGCUGAGUACUUGGUUGAAAUCAACAAAGUUUUGCUGGCCAUGGCUGAUGUUGAACUGCUGCUGAAUGCACCAGAGCUGAAUACUGGCAUCUAUGAGGAUUUUUCAGCUCAGGAAGAUGCACUGAAGAACAUAAAAGAUAUUUUGGAUAAACUUGGGGAUCAAAUUGCAGUAAUCCAUGAAAAGCAGCCUGAUGUUAUAUUGGAAGCAUCUGGACCUGAGGCAAUACAAAUAGGAGAUGCACUAACACAGCUGAAUGCAGAAUGGGACAGAAUUAAUAGAAUGUACAAUGAUCGAAAGUGUUGCUUUGAUAGAGCGAUUGAGGCGUGGAGGCAGUUCCACUGUGAUCUCAAUGAUCUCUCCCACUGGAUAGCAGAGGCUGAAGAGUUGUUGGCUGAUGCGCGGGGGCCGGAUGGCAGCCUGGAGCUGCAGGCAGCUGGGCUGCACCAGCAGGAACUUGAAGAGGGAAUCAGCAGCCAUCAGACCAGUAUUUCAGCAUUGAACAGAACUGGGGAAGGGAUCAUCCAGAAACUGUCUGCUACAGAUGGGAGCUUCCUACAGGAGAAGCUGGCAGGAUUGAAUAGACGCUGGAAAGCAAUCACAACAGAGGUCAUGGAUAGACAACAGAGGCUAAAAGGAGAGAGCCAGCAGCAGAUAGAGUACAGAAAGAAGCUUGAUGAGCUGCGUUGUUGGUUGGAAAAUGUAGAAAAUGCUCUGGACACAAGAUUUACAUUCAACCAUGAGGAAAACUUGCAAGAAUUACAGGUCUUAAGGGAAGAGAUGGAAGUUCUGGGUGACAAACUGGAAUGGCUGAACAGAACUGAAUCUGAAGUACUGUUGGAUAAAAAUAUUGAUCUUCAGGAAAAAAAUAGACUUUCUGAUUGCCUGCAGUCCCUUAAUGUGAGAUGGAAUAAGGUGUUCAGAGAAGUGCCUGACAAAGUGAGAGAAUUGGAGGCAUUUGUUGGGCCGUCCCGUUUUGUUACAAAGACAAAGCCUCCUGAUAUCCAAAAGGUGGUGCUAGCAUCUUCUUCAUUGGAAAUUCCUGUUCAGACUCAGCAGGCUUUGGAACUUUCUGCACCUGCUGAUCUGGACAAAACUAGAACUGAGCUGGCUGACUGGUUGGUAUUGAUUGACCAGAUGCUCAAGUCAAACAUAGUCACUGUGGGAAAUACUGAAGAGAUCAAUCGGACUAUUGCACGAAUGAAAAUAACCAAUGCAGAUAUGGACCAUCGGCACCCUCAGCUUGAUUCUGUUUUUACAUUGGCUCAGAAUUUGAAAAAUAAAACUUCCAGUUCAGACAUUAGAACAGAGAUCACAGAAAAAAUGGAGCAGCUGAAGAGCCAGUGGGACAACACCCAGCACAGCGUGGAGGUGCGGCAGCAGCAGCUGAAGCACAUGCUGGCAGACAGCCUGCAGUGGCACGAGCAGAGGCAGGAGAUGGAGCGCCUCAUGGAGCAGUGCGAGAUCCGGCUGCGAGUGCUCCUGCAGGCCCCGAAAGAGAUGCUUGCCAAACAGAUUGCAGACAGCAAACUCUUGGUACAGGAUUUGCAUAGAGGUGACAUCACAGUGGCAGCAUUCAAUGAUCUUUCUAAUAAACUGCUUCGAGAGUAUCGUGAUGAUGACUCAAGGAAGGUGAAGGAAACCACUGACCAAAUGAACACUUGCUGGGUUAAUCUGAACCAAAGAGCUGUCGACAGGCAGAAUUUCUUGGAGACAGAGAUGAAGACAGUACAGGCCUUGCACAAGGAUCUGGAGAGCUUCUUCAAGUGGCUUCAAGAGGCAGAGACAACAGUAAAUGUUCUGGCAGAUGCAUUCGAGCGUGAGAAAACUGCUCAGGAUAGUGUCUGCAUACGGGAACUCAGAAAGCAAAUGCAGGACAUUCAAGCUGAAAUUGAUGCCCACAAUGACAUCUUUAAAAGUAUUGAUGGAAACAGACAGAAAAUGGUGAAAGCCUUGGGAAACUCUGAGGAAGCUGCUCUGCUUCAGCACCGACUUGAUGACAUGAACCAGCGCUGGAAUGACCUGAAGACGAAGUCUGCUAACAUCAGGGCUCACUUGGAGGCCAGUGCAGAGAAAUGGAACAGAUUGCUGACAUCUCUGGAAGAGUUAAUCAAAUGGCUAAAUGCAAAAGAUGAAGAACUGAAAAAACAAAUGCCUGUUGGAGGGGAUGUUCCAACCUUACAGCAGCAGUAUGACCACUGCAAAGCACUGAGGCGUGAACUGAAGGAUAAAGAGCAAACCGUUCUCAACGCUGUGGACCAGGCACGAGUCUUCCUUGCCAACCAGCCAAUUGAGGGGCCUGAGGAACCAAGGAGGAGCUUGCAUUCAAAAACAGAAUUGACCCCUGAGGAGAAAGCCCUGAAGAUUGCCAAAGCCAUGCGUAAGCAGUCAUCAGAGGUAAAAGAGAAAUGGGAAAACCUAAAUGCCAGUGCCAGUAUCUGGCAGAAGCAAGUGGACAAAGCAUUAGAAAAACUGAAAGACCUUCAGUGUGCCAUGGAUGACCUUGACGCUGACUUGAAGGAGGCUGAAAAUGUGAGGAAUGGCUGGAAACCUGUAGGAGACUUGCUCAUAGAUUCAUUACCAGAUCACAUUGAGAAAACUACGGCUUUUAGAGAAGAAAUUGCUCCCAUCAACUUAAAAGUUAAAACAGUGAAUGAUUUGUCCAGCCAGCUGUCUCCACUUGACCUUUAUCCAUCUUUAAAGAUGUCUCGUCAAUUGGAUGAUCUUAAUAUGCGGUGGAAACUUUUACAGGUGUCCGUAGAGGAUCGCCUUAAACAGUUACAGGAGGCACAUCGAGAUUUUGGACCUGCAUCACAGCAUUUUCUUUCCACCUCAGUGCAGUUUCCAUGGCAGAGAUCUGUUUCACAUAACAAAGUGCCCUAUUAUAUCAAUCAUGAGACACAGACGACUUGUUGGGAUCAUCCUAAAAUGACUGAUCUCUUCCAGUCCUUAGCUGACUUGAACAAUGUGCGCUUCUCCGCCUACCGCACGGCCAUCAAAAUCCGCAGGCUGCAGAAAGCACUGUGCUUGGACCUGUUGGACCUGAAUACAACAAGUGAAGUUUUCAAACAGCACAAGUUGAGUCAAAAUGAUCAGCUGAUUGGUGUCCAGGAUGUGAUCAGCUGUCUCACUACCAUCUACAGUGGACUUGAAGAGAAAAACAAAGAUAUGGUGAAUGUUCGUCUCUGUGUAGACAUGUGUCUUAACUGGCUACUCAACGUGUAUGAUAGUGGCCGAACUGGAAAAAUUCGAGUGCAGUCCCUGAAAAUUGGCUUGAUGUCUCUUUCUAAAGGCCUUCUGGAAGAGAAGUACAGAUACCUCUUCAAGGAGGUGGCAGGCCCUACAGAAAUGUGUGACCAGAGGCAACUGGGCCUUCUGCUUCACGAUGCCAUCCAGAUCCCACGACAGCUUGGGGAAGUGGCAGCCUUCGGUGGCAGCAACAUUGAGCCCAGUGUGCGCAGCUGCUUCCAGCAGAACCACAAUAAACCAGAAAUAACUGUAAAGCAAUUCAUAGACUGGAUGCGCUUGGAGCCACAGUCUAUGGUGUGGUUACCAGUUCUACACCGUGUGGCAGCUGCAGAAACAGCAAAACAUCAGGCCAAGUGCAACAUCUGUAAGGAGUGUCCAAUUGUUGGAUUUAGGUACCGGAGCUUAAAACAUUUCAACUAUGAUGUCUGUCAGAGCUGUUUCUUUUCUGGCCGCACAGCAAAGGGGCAUAAAUUGCAUUAUCCAAUGGUGGAGUAUUGUAUACCUCGGUCAAAGAAGUAUUUUGCAAAGCAUCCCCGACUUGGCUACUUACCUGUGCAAACAGUAUUGGAGGGUGACAACCUGGAGACUCCUAUCACUCUCAUCAGUAUGUGGCCGGAGCAAUAUGAUCCAUCCCAGUCUCCACAGCUGUUUCAUGAUGACACACACUCCAGGAUAGAACAGUAUGCUACUAGGCUUGCACAGAUGGAAAGGACCAAUGGCUCCUUCCUCAUGGACAGCAGCUCCACCACAGGAAGCGUAGAGGAUGAGCAUGCCCUUAUCCAGCAGUACUGUCAGACGCUGGGAGGAGAGUCACCUGUGAGUCAGCCACAGAGUCCUGCUCAGAUACUCAAGUCAGUGGAGAAGGAAGAGCGGGGAGAGUUGGAGCGUAUCAUUGCUGACCUUGAGGAAGAGCAAAGGAGUCUGCAGAUAGAAUAUGAGCAACUAAAGGAGCAACAUCUUCGGAGAGGAAUAAACCCUCUUGCGUCACCUCCUGACUCUAUUGUGUCACCUCAGCAUGCUUCUGAAGAUGCCGAGCUCAUUGCUGAAGCUAAACUCCUGAGGCAGCAUAAAGGUCGCCUGGAAGCAAGGAUGCAAAUAUUGGAAGAUCACAAUAAACAAUUGGAGUCUCAGCUUCACAGGCUACGGCAGCUGCUCGAGCAGCCUGAGUCAGACUCCCGGGUCAAUGGCGCCUCCCCCUGUGCUUCGCCCCAGCGCUCUGCCCUGGCCUUCCCGCUGGAGCAGGACACAAGCUCACAGUUCCAUCAGACAGAUGACUUGUUAGUUCCACCUCAUGAUACCAAUACAGAUCUAACAGAUGUUAUGGAGCAAAUCAACAACACAUUUCCAGCUUGCUGCUCAAGUUUCACUGGCAGACCACAGGCCAUGUGAGGGGUUCCUCGGGCUGUCAGCCAGUGCUCCCAGGCGUGCAGUACAGCCCUGCUCCACAUCUGCCGGCCGCGCCUUCCGCCUCAUCACCAACCUGCACGGGACCCGGGACACGCCGCGCGCUCCGACCGCGUGUUCCGCUUGAAACAGUACAACACUGAAUACCCAAAGACGAGGAUGUUGUUUUUAUAGUAUCUUUUUUUUUUUUUCCUUCUUCCCUUUCUAUGCAACUGUAAAUUAACGAGCAGUGGAAUAUUUGUCACUGAUUUGUAUAAAUAUACAGCCAGGGGAAAAGGGGCAGGGGGCUUUAUAUAUGUUCUUUUUGAUAAUCGUAAAGAGAACUGCAUAAGGAGUUUGGAGCAAAACGUUACAUUUAUACAUUCCUUUCACCUCUUUGCUUUUGCAUUGUAAAGUACCCUUAGUUACAUUCUCACACAUGUAAUAUUCUGUACCGAUUAUUUGUAUGCUAACCAUCUGACCACACAGAUUUCAGAAUAUCCUUGCAUUGUUUUCAGCAUUGGCAUAUGAAGUUUCCAUAAUCUGCAUUAUUGUUACUGGUUAACAACAACUGUCAUUAGGUGCAAGAUACAGUAUUUUAAUUCAAUUAAAUAAGGUAAAUGCUCAUUUCAAGUCAUAAUUAGCAUCUUCAUAUACCUAAGUGGUAUUUUUAACUUCCUUUUUGUUAUUUCCAGACAACACUCCAUUCGGAGGAUUAUUUUUUUAAGCUUUACUUUGAAUUGGGAGAUAACUAAAAGAGGACUUAGAUGAUAGCUUAAGUUGGUUUUAGUAAGAGCUAAGUUAGUAUAAUCCUUCCCAGCUUUGUUCAGAGACAAAGCUUUGCUGUUCCCUGCUGGGCCAAACUUGUUUCAAGGUUUGGAAUUUACAGUCUAUGAAGUGAAGCUCAUUUCUGUGAGAUCCCUUUUUUUUGUCUGCCUCUUAGAAAUUAAGAGACAAUUAGAAAGCCCUUUCCAAUACUAUUAGCAACAGAACUUUCUCCAGAACUGCAGUGCACGUAGAUAUUAUCAUUUGGCAUUAUAAUCUUGCAGAUCAUCCUUAUCUUUAAAAUAAUUUAUUUAUUUUAUUACUUUUGAUAAGGAUAAUUAUGAGAAAAUAUGUCACUGAUCGUCUGAUCUUUAGUUUAAAGAUUAUCAUAAGAGAUUUUAAUGCCUUCACAGAGUUUACAAUGCUGCAUGGACACUUGCUUUAAUUCUAGGACAUACCUUUAAUUGGUAAAAUUGCAUGCAAUAUCUUUCACGUAUAGUAAAGAGAAACAAAGCUGUGUUAUUCUGAAUUAUUAUUGAAGGAAAAAAACCCUUAUCUUAAAAUGGUAUUGAAAGAGGUGUAAAAUUCUCUACUGCUACUAGAAAAAUGCUAGGGAACAUAAAAAGAGCAGUCAGGAAUUUCUAGUGGCUUUGUGAAGUUUUGCCAGCCAGACUGUCCUGCACCCACAGUAUUUACUCCUGAACUGCUGCUGCUCAAGGAGUGAUCCAGGCACAGUGUUGACCACCUUCUACUGUUGGCACCAGUGCCAGUUCUUUCUGAACCCUUUGGCAAGUUAUUUAACCACUCUGCCUCUGUUUUCCCAUCUGUAAAAUAGGGAUGAUAGUGCUUACCUCUCAAAGGUGAUGUAGGACUUGGCAUUUCUACAGAGUUUUUCAGAUGCUAACCAAGUAUUAGUCUUGAGCAAGUGGAGCAAAGCUAUCAAGGUGAGAAGAUGCUGCCUCCUGUUAAAAUGUAAGCCCACAUUUUACAGAAGAGGAAAACCAUUACCACCUUUCUACCUCAGACCUAUCUUCAUAAGUAGUAUUGGAAAUAGCUUUACAUUCUGUUCUCUGCAAAGUACUUGGCUUUUAUCAAGCUACAUAAUUAUCUAGGAAAAGAAUCUUUUAAAAUACUCCCAAAAUUAAGUAUAAAAACAAAUCAGUAGUGAAUUUGUUGAGUUUUAUUUUUGUUCUGAAUAUGAGGUUAUGUAUAAAGUUGUUUUUCUGCUUGUGUUUGUAUGCAUCCUUUGUCCUCUGCUGGCAAGUAAAUGCUGCUUCAAACACUACAUUGUAACAUUCUUCCUCUGAGAUAAUGAUAAAUAAAAGGAAUAUAUUACAGUAACAAGAGAAAA